AAGCCCUUUUAAGAGCGUCCUCAUGUUGCAUUGGAUGCAAAUCCAACGAGGAAAAUGCAAAUCGAGGCUAAUAUUUUCUUUCCUUCGAUACUCCUCUACCGCACGCAUUUUCCCUUUCUUCCUCCCGCGAUAUUUUCCCUCCAUUUCUUCUCCCUUCGUUCCUUUCUUCCUGUCAUUUCUCCAUACCACCUUCCCGUCGCAGCACCACCUUCCCUUUCAUUCCUUAACUCCAUCUCCAUCUCUCUCUCUCUCGAUCUAUUUUGUUCGUAGUGUUUAGGAUUACAAAAUGUGGGAAGAGAAGUCGAACUUCAAUGGAGAGUGCCUUCGCGAGCGCCUCUGGAUCACUGACCAUAAAAAAUAGAGAAAGCGGGAAAGUCUUUUCCCCCCGUGCAUUCUUUCCUUCUCUCUACUUUUAUCUUCUCUGGCUGGGUUCGCGUAGUUUAAAAGGGGAGAAGGAAAAACUCUAGUCUUAAACCGGUUUGGGUUUUCAGCUCUUUGCUCUUCUGCCAUUUCUGUAUUAUAAAGGUAAUGGAAAUUCAGUCUCUUCUCGCUGCUACGCCUACACUUCCUCCUCCGCGCCCUAGGCGUACUUUGAAGACGGUUCGUCCAAAUGUUCUCUGCCGUUGGAGAGACUCAGAUAAUCGAGCUUUAGCUCGCAAGAUAAUCCGGCAGUGGAAGCAAGACCGAGGUUUUGAUCAAAAGGAUAGUGAUGCAGCUUGUGCUGCAUUAGUACAAGACUUGAGUCGAAAAAGAAUGCCUCAUCUAGCUCAAGAGCUUUUACUUGAGAUGAAAUCUGAAGGUUUUCUGCCUGGCAACUCUACAUUGUCAGCUCUGAUGCUAUGCUAUGCAGGUAAUGGCCUUCUUCAGCAAGCACAGGCAAUUUGGGAGGAAAUAAUAAAUAGUUCUUUUGUGCCAAGUAUUCAAAUAGUUUCAGAGCUAUUUGAUGCAUAUGGGAAGAUGGAACAGUUUGAUGAUGUAGCCAAAAUUGUGGAUCAGGUAAGUUCAAGAGAUUUUAAUUUGUUACCUGAAGUUUACUCACUGGCUAUUUCUUGCUUUGGAAAAGGAGGACAGCUUGAAUUGAUGGAAAAUACUUUGAAGAAAAUGGUUUCUAGGGGUUAUAUUAUAGAUUCUUCCACUGGUAACGCCUUUAUUAGAUAUUAUAGUAUCUUUGGUUCUCUGAGAGAGAUGGAGAAUGCCUACGGUCGCCUUAAAAGGUCUAGACUUUUAUUAGAAAAAGAAGGAAUCAGGGCAAUAUCGUUUGCAUAUAUUAAGGAAAGGAAGUUCUACAAAUUAGGUGAGUUCCUGAGAGAUGUGGGUCUUGCUCGGACUAAUGUCGGAAAUCUCAUAUGGAACCUUCUGCUGCUAUCCUAUGCUGCCAAUUUUAAAAUGAAAACCUUGCAGAGAGAAUUUGUGAGAAUGGUUGAAGCUGGAUUUCAUCCUGAUCUCAACACAUUUAAUAUCCGGUGUCUCGCUUUUUCAAGAAUGUCUUUGUUAUGGGAUCUCCAUCUUAGCCUUGAACACAUGAGACAUGAACAAAUCAGCCCUGAUCUUGUGACUUAUGGUUGUUUUGUUGAUGCAUAUAUUGAUAAAGGACUAGGGAGAAAUUUAAACUUUGCUUUGAACAAAAUGAACUUGGAUGAUUCUCCACUACUAUUAACAGAUCCAUUUGUGUUUGAGGCUUUGGGUAAAGGGGACUUUCAGUCCAGCUCAGAGGCAUUUUUGGAGUUUAAAAGUCCGAGGGAAUGGAAUUACAGGAAACUGAUUGCAGUAUAUCUCAAAAAACAAUGCCGGCAGGAUCAAAUCUUUUGGAAUUAUUGACAAAUGCUGGUCUGAUUGUUCAUAGAAUCUUAACAAGCUAUUGUACAAAAAAGAUGCUUAAUUUCAGUUUUUUGAUACAUAGGACUUUGAGAUCAGUGGAAAACCCGCAGCUGCUUACAAGAUCGGCUAUUUCCACCCAGUAUAUGUUGUCUUCGUAGGCAUACUGCACCACGUUUAUGUCCCGAGAAGUUUUGAUAAUUUGAUGUAAUAAAAUUAUGAAAACAAAAUUCGUGAAAAGGUUUUUUGAGCUU